GGAGGAGCGGAGAGGAGGGCUGCCCCCGAGGGCAGCCCCGCGGAGAGCGGCGCGGCGGGGUUCCGCGAGUGAAUGCCCGCCGGUGCCGGGGUGGCCCGGGGCUGCCCGGCCGGGCGCUGCCCUGGCAGCCGAGCGGCGGGAGCAGGCACGCUGCGUCUUCCCGGGGGGGGCCGGCCGGGCCAUGCCCAAACCCAUGGAGAAAUCCCAAAACUUCCGCAUCGAGGCGCUCCUGGCUGAGGAGCCGCCGAGGAGCGCCUCUCCUCCGGGGCUCAGCCCCGCAGGCAGCCCCGGCCCCGCCGGCCGCACCGACACCCCCUCACCGCGGGCUCCCCAGGCCACCACCCCCCUCGGCCCUGCCUGCUUCGUCCCCAAACCAGGCUUGCUGAACCUCCCCGGCCCCGGGCUGGGCACCCUGCCGGCCCUCUACCCGCCCGCCGUGUACCCGCUGCCGGCCCUGGGGGGCCAGCACCCCGCUUUCGCCUACACCGCCUUCCCCCAGCUGCCGCCGCCGGGCGCCGAGCACCUUAAGGCGGCCGUGGCCGGUUCCUUACCGCUGGAGCACUGGAUCCGAGCCGGGAUGCUGGUGCCGAGGCUCUCCGACUUCCACGCCACCCCGCAGUCUGCCUUGAUGGGGAAGUGCCGCCGGCCCCGCACCGCUUUCACCAGCCAGCAGCUGUUGGAGCUGGAGAACCAGUUCAAGCUCAACAAGUAUCUGUCCAGGCCCAAGCGCUUCGAGGUGGCCACGUCGCUGAUGCUCACUGAGACGCAGGUGAAGAUCUGGUUCCAGAACCGCCGCAUGAAGUGGAAGCGGAGCCGCAAAGCCAAGGAGCAGGGGACGGCAGUGGAGCCCGAGAAGCCACGGGGGCUCGGCAAAGCUGUUGAGAGCCUGGUGCCCGGCGAGCCCCAGGGACAGGCUGGUGACAGCCCCGAGUUUGGAGGGUGCAGCCCCAGAUCAGGCUUCCUGCACCGCAAUGCUGAGCUGGGCUAUGGCCCCGACUCCUCCUGCUCGGGGGGAGAGGAGGAUGAGGAAGAGGAGGACAAUGAGAUGGGUGCUGCGGAGAGAAAGAUGGGCUCUGUGUUGUGAAGAGGGUCCAGGCUGAGGGGUCGGAGCCUCUUGGCUGGCAGGCACAGACUGUGCCCAUAUGCAGCAUGGGGGCUGCAGGGAGCCUGCCCCCCCCACCACCUUUAACUUAUGUGUGUUUGGAAUCUAUUUAAUGUGUAAUUAUUCCUGUGUGUGUCCAGGGGUGUCCCCACAUCCCUCCCGUAUAAAGCUGUUAUCCAGAUGCCUCUGCUCUUCCUUAGGGGAUGGGGCUCUGCAUCUCCUGACCCUGUGCUGCCCUGCUGGCAUCCUGCUUGGGGACAGCCCCAGGGCCCUUCUUUGGUUGCUCAUAGCCCCUUCCUGAUGGUACAGCCGUGCCUGAGCCUGCCCCAUGCUGCCCUUCCCCUGGGUGGUAGGGAAGGAGGACGUGCAGCAUGUGUGCCUGUGCCUGUCGCAUCCCCAGAGCAGUCUGUGUUCUGCUGGGCAGCCUGUGGGCAGGGUGAUGCUGGCACCAGCAGCCCUCAGGGCACCUGGCCUCCCUGCCUGGCACCGUGCUUGUCCCAUGGAGAUGUCUGACCCACUCUCAGCCUCUUUCUAGGUCCAUUCCGCAAUCCCCUUGGGACUGCUUGUUCUGUCUGAACUUGGAUCAGCCCAUGGUAAUGGGAAGACAACAGCCACCCUCUGCCACCUAGUAGCAUGGGUUAAGACAUGACCGAUGAGCAAGUAGGCUCCCCUCCUCCUCGGGAUGCUGGAGGGUCCUGGCAGACUCUAUAUAUAGGGCUGUGUGUGUGUGUAUACAUAUGUAGGCAUAUAAUCCUUCCUCUAUAUACACGUCUGUGUUCCGUUUGGAGAUGCUGUGAUGGCAGUGCAGGCUCUGGGACCAGCCCUGCUGUGCCAACCCAUCACACACUGGGGCAGGGAUGAUGCAGGAUGGGCUGGGAUGCCCUGACCCCAGGCAGCCCAUGGCCUCACCGCAAUGUCCUCUGCCCUGACCCUGCCCGGGACAGGCACCUCCAGCCUUGGGGCUGUGUCGGAGCACCUGG